AUGCCCAAGCAUAUCCUCAUCAUCGGUGGAGGCACAGGCGGCCUUGCCUUGGCUCAUGCACUAAAAAAAUCGAAAGCAGACAUCACGCUUGCUGUUUACGAGCGUUAUCGUACUCGCACCGAUGGCCUUUUUGGCUAUCGUGUGGGCAUAUCACCUGAAGGCUCGAGAUGCCUCGCCGCCUGCAUCCCAGAUGAUUUGUUCCAAAUAUUUGCCAGCACAACUGCCAUUCCGCCAGAUAACUUCACUAUGAUCACUGAGCAAUACCAAGAGCUUCUCAGUAUUGAGGGAUUCAGCAGGGUAUCCGAUGAUGGUGUUGGCGCGGAACGGUCUGUCAGUCGCAUGACUCUACGACAGGUUCUUCUUACAGGACUAGAAGACGUUGUCCAGUUCGAUAAGCAACUAACGCAUUAUACUUCCAACGAAGAUGGUACAGUUACUGCUUUAUUUAAGGAUGGGAGUAGCGCUACAGGCGAUCUGUUGGUUGGGGCCGAAGGAACAAACUCCCCAACUCGACGACAAUAUCUGCCUCACGCCGUGCUCAAGGACUCGGGGCUGUAUGGAAUUACAGCCAAGGUUGCACUGAACGAAGAAACCAAGAGUCUCCUACCUCCAAAGGCACUCAGAGGUGUAACUAUGAUCAAUGCUCCGCUGGGAGAUAGCUGCAUCAUCCACUGCAUGGAGUUCCCGUGGGAUCACGACGGCAAUCUCAAGAACAACAUUGGGGGCAAUGACGAACAGCUCCUUAAGCAGUGGCCAGGCUCCAACUUUGACAACACAAGAGAUUACAUCCUUUUAGGAUUUGGAGCACACGAGCAAUCUCUCCCAGACAACAUCAUGUCCCUGGAUGGCCCAACGCUGCACAAGUUGCUCAAGGAGCGCACCACUUCAUGGCACCCAAACCUCCAGAAGUUGGUGGAAAUGUCGGACCCAACUACCAGUUUCCCUAUCAACAUCCGUACCACAGAGCGCUUACGGCCAUGGACGAGCACCAAUGUCACCCUGAUUGGUGAUGCCAUUCAUACCAUGACUCCAGGACUUGGUGUUGGUGCUAAUACUGCGUUGCUUGAUGCCAAGAUCCUUGCGCAUAAUCUGGUACAAGUUGCUAAUGGGAAGAUGGAUAUUGUAGGUGCGGUUGCUGAUUAUGAAAAGAACAUGCAUUCGUAUGCUUGGGAUAGAGUUGAAAAGUCACUGGAGAGGUUUAAUAAAGACGAUGCGGUGUAUAAACCAGGUAUUAGGGGGUCAUUUGCCUUGAUGAUGAUGCGUGGUGGUAUGAGGCUGGUGAACAAUCUGCCGCCUUUGAAGAGAAAGAUGGCGGCUGAAAUAGAAAAGGAUCGAGGAAAGAUUGACAUUCGAGCGAAUGCUAACUAG